UACACAACGGAGAACCGCAGAUACGUAUCUUUUUUAUCAGUUAGCUGGUGCAAAACCUUGAUGCUGUGAUUAAACCUUUACCCUCACAAGGUGUCUCAAGUCACCACGACGUCACUCUGAAGGCUUCAGCUCGCUCAGCUCAGUGACUUCACGCCUUGAUGGUGCACUAAAUAACUAUAAUGUCAAGUACACAUACAGUACAUCACUGAGACGUGUGUUCUUUUAGCUGCCGAUGCCAGUCUAGGUCGGACGUUACCCCCCGACCUUAAGAGCCAAGGACUCCAAAUGUUUGCCCCCUCCAAUGGCAGAAUGAAGAAAAUCGCACUACCCUGUGCAAAGUGUUUAUAAAGCCCCACCUAGGGUGCUUGUCCAUGGCAGCUUCGUUUGUUCAGUUGUUGGCAUUCAGAAUAACGUCGUGCUUGAGAUAACCAAGUCUUUCUCUGGAGCUCGCUGACCUGCGGGCAAACCUGCAGUUGUAAACUUGCGAUAGAUGAAGGAUAUCGUAGUCUAAACAUGUUUACAAAGUAAAUAGGUGUUAUGCAGCGUUGUCGACCGCUUUGGCUUCUAUUAUAUUCAUGCUUCCGUCGCAGAUGGUUUGACCUGAAAGAUGAACUGACGUGUGACCAUUUCUGUCCUUCGGUUGACAAACAGCAUAAAUACAGCUCAAUUAACAGACACGUCAGUGGUGGAAUGCGGUUUCAAACCAGGGUGCAGGAUACAGGUAGAACAAUAGGACGACAGCCACCGCCGACAGUUGAUACGGAGGAUCCUGUUGUUCCCGUGGUGACGGAUGGCUCUAAUAGGUCUACAGCGAAGUGUGUGCGGUUAGCUGUAGAACACAGUGAGUUAAGUGUUCAGGACUGUCGUCAGUGAGAACAUUUGUAUUCCACCACGGGCGGGCACUAGCAGGCGGUAGGCAUAGCCCAACGCGGACAGCUGAUAGUUUCUGAACACCGUUUGGUUUAUAUUAGUUAUACUGUGAUAAAACCCGUUUACAAAGUAACGUCAUAAUUGUCCUAUUUUGGAAACAGAAGCUUCCGAAGAUCUACCAGGCGGCGCAGUUGGCGACAUUUCCGUGGAUGGCAACGCGCAUUGCGGAGCUGGUGGACUGAUUUUUCUAGCCUGGAGCCCAGUCUUGUUAUCAUCGAGAGGGCAAGUAAAAUCCCUGCCUAUACAAACCAGGACUUCUGGCCUGCGUAGAUAAUGAUGGCCCGAGGGAACGCUAUGUCAACGCUCUGAGUGAGAUACAUAUGUCGGCCAAGAUAACCAUCGCCCUGCUGAAGUUAUCAACAGUGCUUCUCCAAAUAUUAAUCACCAUGAAGGAUGUUAAUCUCCAAGGUGAGCAGCCCUACAAAAGAGAUUCACAGUAAGAGGUCUGAUUGCAGCUUUCUGUCCUAGAAUAUGUUGAUGAUUUGUUGGAGACGCCUGCUUGGCAACCAGGGCACAGACUGCGUGACAGGUGGUUGACAUGUCGUCAAUUAACACGGACCUGUUAACCCGGCCAACGUCAGCGCCUUGUCAUCACGAUGUUUGAUCUGUUAGCAGAGUCCAAACGGGUCGACGAAGGCUGAAGUUUGACCUGUCUUGACUGCUGUUUUCUUCCUAAUGUUAAUGAUUUGUGCUACACCUGUGGCUUAUGCGCCGGGAUGCCUGAACUUCUGGUGUUACCAGUUAGCGGCGGAGCACGACAGAAACUAGACAAGUGUCAGACUACAUUGUCAAGGCAGUGAGGUGAACGUUGCUGUAUAUGUAUCUGUUUGUACUGUUCUGUACUAAAGGUCAGUUUGGGGCACAUUAGCCAACUCAACGGGCUCUAAUUGCUGCCUAUACAAACGUGAUUGGUAGGCGGGUUAAUCCACCCUCUGGAGGAUUCUGCCUCUUCAGAAGAUUUCCUUUGGGAGAAUUAACAGGGUCUGACCUUUAAACAGACGUCAUCGUGGGGCAUAGUCCAGUACAGAACAGUUGGUCAGUACCUGUUGUCGAAUCGACGAAUGCAGUAUACUCUGCAAUGUCUGAUAAAGCUUCUAAAAAUGGCUUGUUCGUCAGCAUGGUGAAAACAAAAGACGGUCUGGCCGUGUGUCCUGACAAGAGACGGGCUGUCAGGAUCGGAAAUCAGAACCUGUGUGAGGAAAGGCGUUUGGCAGACGAGAAGACACGUUUGGACAAGCAAGGGCACAAAGCCGGGAAACUUCUAGACAGAGAAGUGACGACAGUGGGAUAUUUUCAUACCAAAGUCCACAUUCGUGCGAAAACAGUGCCGAUUGUUGGACUACAGUCGGCCAGCGGCAGAUAUACAGGAAGGACUCCGGACAGACCGUGCACUACACCGCGACAACAGACAAAAUCGCCCACUGAAAAUGAUAGACAAGGACGUUUCAAUUCAAAAGACGUAAAUCUACCCCCGUCGAGAGAAGAGGACGCGGAGGACGAAGACGAGGAGACGCGCAGGCUGCAGUUGUUGUCCAUCGCCGCCUCCAUCAGACGGCCGUCCCUGAGCUGGGAGCAGCGCCUGGGCCGCCGCCAGGAGUACCUGUCAAGACACACGGAAAAACUGCGGGCAAAACUGCACACCAAGGAACCCAGGCCGUGGAACAUUAACUAUGGCACUCACGUGCCCAUGAAGAAAAAACUCAAGCCCGUCUGUUGGACUAUCUAGGAUACCCGUGUGAUCAUGGACACAAACACGUAAAUAUUUCCCCAUAAGGUCAUCAAUAUUGAUAUAGCAACUGCGACGAAGGUGAAUGAUUCUGUUACAGUUACAUGUGUGACCACAUUCAAAGAUGAACAUGUGUCAGUGUUGAUUGUACGGUGGAAGCACAUUAGCUAUCAAGACAAUAAAGCUGCUACAAUGUCCAAACAUAGCUCCUUAGUCUGUUCAGACAUCAAGCUUUGACCAUUAACACGUACUGUCGGUAUUUGUUAGUGAUGGAGUAGGUUUACAUCAGCAAUGGAGAUGUCAGAUUCGUGAUGUACAGGCAUCUAUAGUGGUAUGUGGAAUGAUGUUGAAAUAAAAUUUUCUAUCCUACAUUUGAUGGUUGAUAUUAUUAUUGAUAUUAUGAAGGUACUACCAGUGAAGUUUUGUUGAUCAUGUAUUAAAUCAUUGCCACAGUAGCACUCAGAUUUUAGUAAAUGUUGCCACCAGUUGACCAGGAGAAGUGGCUGCCGGGAAAUAUUUCAGGCUUGGUCAGUGGUCGAACGCCGAAAAAGGAGAAAUACGUAACGUUAUCAGUCACACAUACGCAAUGCCGUCAGCUUCAAAUACAUGUAACUGUUAUAUGAAACCUUGUCAUAUUUGUUCACCCUUGAAAAAGUUGGUAAUUUACGUUUUGCAGCAAGAAGCCCCAUAUUUACUCCUAUCAAAGGUGAGUAAUGGAGUCAUGAAAGGUGAGCCCACCUGGCAGUAAAGACACCUAGUGAUCCAAGCAGUUAUUGCAGUGCCAUGGCACAUUUUCUGCAGUAAUAAUUCAGAUCGAUAGAUAGACCUUUUUGAGUAUUUAUCAUUUGAUACGUAACGUUGUUCUAGUAGACACAAGGUGUACAUUGUUUUGUUGUUUCUUUUGCCCGAUUGUAACCCAACGUUAUGCCUAUAUCUGUUAAAUCUCACUGAUAGAGCGUAAUCACAUUAAGGAAUACGAUAAAUUUCGUUGGAAAUCUUCGCCCGCUACUUAGACUAAGGGCAGCAAAAUUUCUUUAUCAAUUGACGAUUUUACUGUCCACAAUCUUAUUUGUUUAUGAAAAAGAUCUUCAAACGUCACGUGUUUUCUGCAUGCACUGUAUUUGGUGCAGCACGUGAGUGUUAUACGGACGCAGAUAAACUGUGCAAACAAGUAAACAAUAGCUUUUAGUCUGCAGCCUAACACUUAGUAACAGCGGCUGUCGGUUGAUAACGCCGUUGUUCUGGUUCUGCAACCUGUCGUGUCGAACUUCAGUGACCGGCCAAAAUGGACGACAUGAAGGCUACGUUACUGUCUAGACAAGUUGUUGUGGCUGCUGUGGCCACAGUCGCGGCUGUUGGGGCCGGGAUGGCCUACAUGAGGUGGCGGAGGCCGCGCCGAGAGUACGUACCAGUCGGCCAUGUCUCCAAAAUCUACGUCCACCCGGUUAAGGCGUGCCGGGGCCUGGAGGUGAAGGAGGCCCAGGUGACCAAACUCGGGGUCCGGUCGGGAGGAGUCAUGGACAGAGACCUGAUUAUCCUAGACGAGACAGGCCGGUUCGUCACUGCCCGUACGGAACCCCGUAUUGUCCUGAUCUCACCACAGUGUAUUGGAGACGGACUGGUCAGGCUGGAGGCACCUGGUAUGGACCCGUACACUUUACCCAAACCUGACCCUAGGGGGGAAGUCAUGGAUAUCAGUAUGAAAGAUGGCAUGGUCGGACAUGCUCUGGACUGUGGUACCCAGGCUGGGCAGUGGUUGGACAAGUUCUUUGGAAAACAGGGCUACAGGAUGGUCAUGGCCAAACCUGGUGGACAGAAAAGAUAUCCUGUCAAAAGCAAGAGGUACAGAGAAGUGGCCAGAGCUGAUGACAAGGUGGGUUUCCAGGACUACACCCCUUUGAACAUGGCAUCGGCAACCUCCCUGGAAGAUCUGAAUAGCCGUUUGCCCAGUCCAGUGGACAUGCGUGUUUUCAGACCCAACAUAGUGGUGCACGGGAGUAACCCCUAUCAGGAGGACGACUGGAACUACAUCCGUAUCGGGCAGGUGGAGCUGCGGAGAAUGCUGCCCUGUAACAGGUGUAAAGUUACAAUGGUCGAUCCAGAGACUGCAGCCAAGGAUGAAGAGGAACCAUUGAACACCCUGAGAAGCUAUCGUCUCCCCAAGGAGGAAAUGCACAAGGCACUAUUCGGACAAAGCCCUCUUUUUGGCGUCACCUUAGGAGUGGAGCAUGAAGGAGAUAUUCAUGUUGGAGAUAGCAUCUAUGCCUGUGCAUAUAAAAUGGAAGGUCUGAAGACUGCUUUGGAGUCGAGACAAGUUGUUGCUGCUGCUCUGGCCACGGCAGCGGUUGUCACUACUGGAGCAGCAUACUUGACAUGGCGGAGGUACCGCAGGCAGUACGUCCCAGUCGGCCAUGUCUCCAAAAUCUACGUUCACCCGGUGAAGUCGUGCCGGGGUCUGGAGGUGGGGGAGGCCGAGGUGACUAAACAAGGUCUCCGGCUGGAGGGGGUUAUGGACAGACACCUUUUGGUGCUGGAUGAGAAGGACCACUUCGUGACCGCGCGGACGGAACCAAGUAUGAUCCUCAUCACGCCCAGGUGUAUUGGAGACGGACAGGUCAGGCUGGAGGCACCUGGCAUGGACCCGCUCAAUGUGCCCAAACCCAACACAGAUGGCAGAGUUAUCGACGUCACGAUAUGGGACAUAGAGGGAGAAGCCAUGGAUUGUGGACCCGAUGCUGCCGACUGGCUGGAGAAGUACUUUGAAAAGCCGGGCUUCAAACUGGUCAUGUCCACACCAGGCCUUAAAAAGCGCUGCCCAGUCAACCACAAGAGGUAUAAGGGCAUCGCCACGAAAAACGACAAGGUCGGGUUCCAGGAAUAUGUGGCCAUGCACCUGAUGACAGAAUCCUCCCUGGAUGACUUGAACAGCAGAAUGGACAACCCUGUGGCAAUGCGCGUCUUCAGGCCCAACGUGGUGGUGUCUGGAAGUGACCCAUUCCAAGAGGACGGUUGGCAGUACGUGCGCAUCGGUGAGGCAGAGUUCCGGAAAAUGCAUCCCUGCAACAGGUGCCUCAUUACUACAGUCAACCCAGAAACUGGUGUGAAGGAAGGCCAGGAACCCCUCAGUACACUUAGAAGUUAUCGUCUUCCCGAGAACGAGAAUCAGAAGAAACUGUUUGGACAGACUCCACUAUUUGGCCUGAUGUGUGGGGUAGAGCAAGAGGGGUCUAUCCAUAUAGGAGACACCGUGUAUGCCAGCGGCAAAGCUGUAGGUAGGAUGGACGGUUUAAAAGCAACACUCCAGUCCAAAGAAGUACUUAUCACUGUACUGACCACUACAGCAGUGAUCUCCGCUGGGAUAGCCUACUUCCAGUGGCGACAACGUAAAAGGCACUACGUCCCCGUUGGACAUGUGGCUAAAAUCUACAUGUACCCGGUAAAGUGUUGCCGUGGUCUGGAGCUGGAGGAGGCCUUGCUGACUGAACAAGGUGUGCAGUCGGAGGGAGUUAUGGACAGACACCUGGUGAUCCUUUAUAAGGAUCGUUUCUUGGACUCAAGGACGGAUCCCCGUAUUGUCCUGAUCUCACCACAGUGUGUCGGGGACGGACAGGUCAGGCUGGAGGCACCUGGGAUGGACCCGCUUACCUUGUCUGGUCCCACGGGAGAUGUGAUUGAUGUCAGUAUAUGGGAUAUUAACGGGAACGCUGUAGACUGCGGCCCGGAGGCUGCCGCCUGGCUGGAGAAGUUCUUCGGGAAGCCGGGCUACAAGCUGGUCAUGUCCACACCGGGAAGUAAGAAGAGACACACGACUGAGCACUGGAGGUACAAACGCUUUGCCAGGCCAGAUGAUAAGGUGGGGUUCCAGGACCAAACUGCACUGAUGCUUACAUCAGAAGCAUCCCUGGACAACCUGAACAACAAGCUAGCCACUCCUGUAGCCAUGCGCAACUUCCGACCCAACAUUGUGGUGGCAGGGUGUGAGGCAUUUCAAGAGGAUGACUGGCUGCAUGUGCGAAUCGGACAAGUGGACAUUCGCACAGUUUUGCCAUGCAACAGGUGCUUAGUGACAACUAUCAACCCUGAGACCGGUGUGAAGGAUAAGGCAAUGGAACCCCUUAAGACGCUCAAAAGCUACCGCCUGUCCACGAAGGAAAAGUAUAAAGGCUUGUUCGCACAGACCCCGCUCUUCGGGCUGAAGUGUGGAGUGGACCGGGAGGGAGUGGUGCGUGUGGGAGACACGGUAUACGCAUGCGCGUGAUCCCACAGUCCCGUGGAACGUGUCGUCGAUCUGUACCAUUAUCACA